UGUCGGGCAGUUCAUCAGACCAAAACUUAACACAACUACUUCAUCCCCAAUUGGCCCGGCGACCCCAAGCAUCUGCGAACGGUUGACACGUCGGGAGUUUUCCCAACCUCGAAUUUCCCGGCACAGCGUUGCUCGACCAACCACCUCGCGGCUGAAGAGAAGGACUAGUUCUGGCGCAACAAAACGCGCAGAAUAAAGUAGCUCCGCUUCCGUGAUCGACGACGUGCGAUGCUGGUCCGCUUUCGGUUUCGCCGCGCUUGCCUGGCUUCUGGCGCACUCUCGGUUUCGCAGCCUGUCGUUCAGGAAGUGCAUGCAACGGACCUAGAUGCGGGCUUGGAGGAGGGUGCAUCCUCGGCGCACCCGGUGCACGCCGGCUCCGCGUUUCUGGAAAAAUGCCGUGACUGCUACGAGGAAGCAAAGGCGUCCAAUGCUGCGCCCGGGGGUCGAGUGCAGCUGCAAAUGCAGCCGCAAAUGCAGCGCGGUCGUAUCGCGUGAAACGUUGUGGCGGGGGUCUGGAAAUGAAAAUAUGCAGCACGUCUGAGUUUGCGAGGUAGCACCAGUGCCUUCCAAAUAAAGGCACUUCUCUAGAGAUAUCUAUACAUAGCCUCUUAUUGCACACACGGUCGGCCCAAACAAAUCGAAUAGCGGCUGACGAACUCUAGCUGGCACAAAAUAAAGAGCUUGUUGCGUCCUUUCGUCAUUGUGCCGCGGAAUGAAAGCAAGAAAGGAUUUGUCUUUCUCAUAAGUACACCCGUGCAACCUUAUUGGGAGACACUGUGCAUGCCGUGAUUUCACGGUCAGCACGACGAGGGCAGCAUUGUGAAGCCUCGGACAGGAGCGCUCUUUUGUCAUGCAAAAUGAACAAUGGUCUAAUGCUGAUAGUAUGAAGUGCGGUCCUCGCGUUGGAUCAGUCAUGGGAACGAAGACUCUGCAUUUCGCAGGACGCAGUCAAGUUGAGCGUUCACGACACCAAAAAACAUGAAGAAUAUUUAGUGAACUUUUGCAUACUAUGUCGUGUGCAGCUUUCCCUCUGGAUGCCCAUGCGAACACGCAGGCGCAAAAUAUGACUAAAAGCAUCGAAAUGGGUAUGGGAGCUUGCCUCGAAGCCUAAACUUUUCUCGCUACUUUGUACUUGUUCCAAGUGUUGGCACGUUUUCUUGGCGUGUCAACAUGGUCGCGGGCGUAGCUCGUCAGAUAAGGCAGCACUUUUCAUCCAGACCCACCACGCCGAGGCUUUUGUCCGUGAGGCAGAAAGCGGGACUGGAAACGCACCAGCGCCCGCAAGGCGGAGCGCCAAGCGGGAUGACGGACGCUCAAAAAGCCCAAAAACUGGAGCAGGUCCGGAAUCAAUGGGAACUCCAACGGACUCGCGACAACCAGGCCAUUGUUGAGGAGUUGCAAGCGAAAAACGUCCAAAGAGCUAAAGACGACAAAGCCUUGUCGGAUCUCUGCGAAUUUGUGAGGAACGCGCCGAAGGAGUCCGAUUACGAACGGAACCUGGGCGAUCUGGAUGACCAAAGUAUGGCUGGCCCGGUUGAUGUCGUAAUGUUCAGUAGUGCAAAAAUUUGGACGCCGGGCAUUCUAGAAUAUUUGGAUGCCGGAGCAGCCGAGCGCGAGCACUUCCUGUUUUUUCGUUUUGGAACUGCUACUCGUGAGAAAUUGCAGUUUUCGAAGCGCUCAACUGCCCUGGAAUCGUUCGAAAUUUGUAAAAGACGCACAAUGUCUAAGGAGUUGCGUUUCUUUCCGUUAAGGCCUAGCAAAUGCUCAGUACAGUUUCGCUGUAGACCUUGACAUUAUGACACUUGUGCGGGCCAUAGCUUUCGAAUCCGUCCGGGAGCGCGAAGCUGGCGACUACAAGAAACGCGUGGACGACCUCAAGGAGGCGUUGGAUGAUAUCAAAUCAAUCAAAAAACACACCCAGCCCAUUCUACCAAGUCGGCCCUUUGUGUGGUUUUUGUACGUGCCGCAAUGCUUGCGCCUGCGUUGGAUAGAAAGACAAAAACUCUUCCGCUUUCCGCUGCAUUGAUUCGCCACGAAAAUCGCGGCUCCGCUCAGGUCGGAUAUUCGCUACGUUCCACGUGGUCUGCGUUGAGUGAGUGUGGCGCAGGAUCUUUCUCCACUCAGCAACUCUCCGGCCAGGCGACUUCACUUGAAUUAUUCGAAUUUGUGACUCGUACGUCGCGGGCGCAAGUAGACCUGCUCGUGCGUAGCAGCGCGCGGGCGAGGGGGUGUUUUUUCAGUUCGAUAUACUAGAUUCCGGGUGUAAGCGCGGACGACAAAACUGGGAUCGAGACCAAUUUCGCGUAUCGAGGCUUCAGGUGGGAAACCGUCAAAGUGAAAACGAAAAUACUUUCGCAGUGCGAAAGAGAAAAAGAGACAGUGCGCCACUCUAGAUACAAGCGAGUCGAUUUCCCCACGCGAUUGGUACUGAUAGUCGAUGCUCUCUCAAAUACAAGGUGUCACCCCUUUCAGGAACCUCAGCCGCAGCCUUCAUUGCCAGGCGCAUACAAUUAGAUAGAAUUAUUUUGUGGGGCUUCUGAUUCGCAUAGUUACUAUCGGUAUCGUAUCGCAGCAGGGCGGCCUUUGUUUGCAGCCCCGUCUGGUGAGGGGGAAACGCGAUGAAAUUUUAUUGAUAUUUGCAUUCUGACAAUUUCCCACGCGGCGCUUCCACAAGAACGAAGCCGGAAAGUUGCAGGACGAGAUCACUGCAACCACGACCGGCCGGGUCCAAGCACUGCGAGACACGGCCAUCUACCGCUACAAACAAAAGUGGGAUGCUUUGAAGAAAGCGGCGGAGCGUUUCAAACAGUUGGAGAGCAUUGCGAACACCAAGCAGCAGCAUAUGACACACAAAAUAAAGCAAGCACACCCAUACUAAAUGACUAGCAUGACUACAACUAAUGACGCGGCGGCACUCGUAGUGACCUUUCUAUUUCUAAUUCAAAUAGAAGUUUUUCAGUCAGCAGCGACUCUGCGGUGCGUUCUCUGUCGUUUUCUGCCAUGCACUUUAGCAAGGGUUGCGUGCGCAUCAUUCUAUUUCUGUGUAGUUCUUUUUGUUCAAUUCAUGUUCCGCGCAAACUGAAUUAUGUAAAACACGGCACUGCAAAAUACUUGUCAAGCAGAUUUUGGCGCCACAGAUAACAAGGACCCUUUUUGGCCGCUCCUCGUCACAAAUUUUCCUACGUUACGGGCCGCGGUUUGCAUGAAAGAGACGCGCUUGGGUGGUGCGUCGGCAAUGCAGACAAAAACGGGUGUGGGUGUAGUUUUCUGGAGGAUAAAAGAGCAAGACUUGAAAUUCAAAGAAAUCCGAGACAUGAUUUCUCGUCAAAAAGUUGAAGCUGAAGUGGCAGCGGUCCAGAACGCGGCCCCCGCGGUGGGGGCCACCGGCUUUCUCGCGGCGUAGUGCCGUGGUUGCGGCGGUAACGACAUGACAAAAAAGGUAUGACAGUGGACGUUUCGCCUGCAUUGAUUUGAAGGACACGUCUAGCGACAGAAACAAGUUGAGAAAUGUUGCUUCUGUACUGGAUGCAUCCACGCCCGCCAAGGCUGUAAUGCCUUUUGGGCUUCGGCAACAUGCUAUGAGCAUGCGAAACAAAUACGGGGACAAAAGUGCUCAUGACAAGUGUGGAGGGGAUGUCCACUUUCAUCGCAGGAAGAAAUCGGGCAGGGCGUUGGCAGAUCGUUAUCGCAUUGAAAAGCGCCCGCAAACCCGAGGCCGGAAGCAUUUGCAUUUCAAAAGGUCUUUCCAGUAGAAACAUUUACUUUUCUGUGUCUUCUAACAAGACAGAUGCUGUAUGCAGGAGACCGUACGUGUCGAUUUGUGUUGCACAAAUGCCCAUGCGUAAGCGCUGGCCUCGUCAUUCCUGAACUGCCUGGUAUGCCUGAACUGCCAGGCAAAGAGAGCCCUUGUGCUUUCAUGCGAGACAAAUGAGUCCAUUCGGAAACUUUGCCGUGGAGACAUUCCGCACUUCGGGGGCCGGGGCAUUUUUCAGCGUGACAAAAGAGCUAUCUUUUUGUGCCGCAGCAGUCCUGUCUCAGUUUGAAGAAGUUGAAAAAAUACCGCCACAUCCUCUUUGGUCAAGUACGUUCUUGACUCAUUCAAAAAAUUGCCCAGCGUGGGUUUGGCCUGAGACGGCGUGUCGAGUUUUAACGUAACAUCAUCCAAGUUUGUUUUCCCAUUAACGGUAAUGAGACCGCUCAAGUCAACAUACAAGAAAAAUGGCACCGAGUUUGUUUCCCAUUCAGUGCAGCCUGUGCUUACUCUUACUCAUGUGGAACUUACGUCGGCAGGCUCCUUUUAUUUCAUUUACUUCAUCACUGACCAUAUAAUUUCGAAAGUGAGAAUUAAAAUUUUUUUUGUGGCGGUCACCCUCGCGUCGUGUGUUUUCAGGCGAAUAACGAUCGGCAGGGGCAGCCACGGCAAAAUUAAUUGCGUAGUGCCCACAAGCUAGUAGUGAAAGACCGCUCACUUUGUUUUGUUGAUUUUUACAUUUCAGAACGUUUUUUGGUUUUUAAUUUUACAACGUACAUGCUGUCAUUUUGGAGAACGGGUUAUGCAACCACAAGUGAUCUACUUUUCGUUUUUCCUUCUUAACAAUCUCAAGCAUUCAAUCAUUGAAAAUGUAAUCUCUCUGUAAGUAGCUUCCUUCAUUUCCAUCCCAUUUGUAUGUAGUAGUAAGGUCACGAGCGUUCCAAUAUACUUACUUCUUUCCGGUUCGACGAGCGCUCCGCAGGGUGGCCUUCCGCUUCCCUCGCGGCUCACAGACAUCGAGGUCCACGUUUGCCGGUUUAUUUAUUUUUAUCAUGAUGGCCGCCGAGACCGAGAGCAAGAAGACAAGGCCCUCUUCUUCGAUGGUGUCGGAGGUGAGACUAACAAGUCUGACCUGAUCGAAGUAUUCGAACCUGCGCCCGUCACCACGAGGACAACUUCGAAGGACACAACUGUCCCCGAAGGGAAAAAGCGCGGAGUCCCCAGUUGUGGCAGAAGGGCACGUCGCUGGCUUGACCCGUCUCGCUUGUUCUAAUCAACACGAGAGGGGGACGUGGCAGUUGAUAUGCUUGCAGCACAAUACUAUCGUGAUAAUCAAUCUUAACCUUGAUGACCGCUAAAGAAAGGACGCUUUUACCAAUGCAC